AUGGCUCGGCUUAAUGUGUUGGUAUACGUUGACGAUUUGAUUGUCACCGGUUCUUCCUCGGAGCUCAUUACGCGGUUCAAAGAGUAUAUGGCUGUGUGUUUCUACAUGAAGGACCUCGGUCCUCUUCGCUACUUUCUCGGCAUUGAGGUGGCGCGGAGUCAAGCGGGCAUUUAUCUCUGCCAACGCAAAUAUACACUUGACAUCAUAUCCGACUCGGGUUUACUUGGUGCUAAACCAGCGUUAUUUCCUCUCGACCAGAAUCAUCAGUUGGCUCGUGAUGACAGUCCUCUUCUCGCCGACCCGGAACCUUACCGUCGGCUGAUUGGGCGGCUCAUUUACCUUGUGAACACUCGCCCAGACCUUGGCUACAGUGUUCAGCUUCUAUCCCAGUUUAUGCAGUCCCCUCGGGAGGCCCAGUGGGAUGCCGCUCUACGAGUGGUCCGUUACUUGAAGAAGAACCCAGGUCAAGGCAUCCUGCUUCGGUCUUCGACGCCUUUACGAUUGACGGGAUGGUGCGACUCGGACUAUGGAGCAGAUCCGGUGAAACGUCGCUCACUCACGGGAUGGUUUGUUCAACUAGGCGACUCGCCGAUUUCCUGGAAGACCAAAAAGCAGGCCACGUUAGCUUGCUCUUCCGCCGAGGCAGAAUAUCGCGCCAUGGCGUCCACAACACGAGAACUUGUAUGGCUGCGACAACUUCUCUGCGAUCUCGGCGUGUCUCUCCAUCAACCUAUACAGUUGAAUUGUGAUAGUCAAGCAGCCAUCCAUAUUUCCUCUAAUCCCGUCUUCCAUGAACGCACUAAGCACAUCGAAAUAGACUGUCAUUACGUACGGGAUCAGAUUGAAGCUGGCAUUUUAGUCCCUCGACACGUCAACACCCGUCUCCAACUGGCUGACAUCUUCACUAAGGCUCUCG